CAAAUUGAAUGCGUGUCGUUCGGAUUAGUGCAACACACUUCGUACGUACUACUCAAGUCCCUCUUAUUGCUCUUUUACGAUCGAGUGCCAGCAGCAUGUCGCUCUCGCUGCUCUCAUCUUUUAAUCGACGUUGCAAGCACGUCUCGUGCUUCUUUCUCGUGUGCAUCUGUACUAACUUGUUUCUUGAGUUUUUUCUAUACGACCUUCAGUUUUUAUUCAAGAACACUAGCGGUAGCGCAUUGCCUCCGCAGUGUGCAGUACCGGACGAUGUCCUCUCUGCUGGAGAUGCAUCAAAAAGCUGCCACAGCGACUUCAUUUUUACCAGGAGCAACGCAAAAAGCGGUGUAGAGCUUCGACAGGCGGCAGCCACGACGCCGCUGCAGCUGCUUCCACUUGCAACGAAACCGGCCCGGCCACGGCUUUCUGCACGACCUUUGGUAUUCGUCGCUGCCCACCAAUUUCGCCGCCGCGCGCACACGGGAUGGCGAUUGCGAGUGGAUCAAGGCUAUUUGAGCAAUGAUGACCACCUGGUCCAUGAAGCUGCACACAAAACCGCUACUCCGACUGCUCGUGAUCGAGAUCCGGCCGCACAACCCCAUCGCCAGGCUGCGGGGCCUAGUAGGUCGUGCCAGAAUUUUUCCGGCAGGAGAUCCGAACUACAGAUGAAUCAUUCAUCUAGGGAUAUAACCCCAACCUCUCGGGAGACAAAUUUGACAAACAGCGCGCGGGACUACGCUUCGAAUCUGCACGACGGCGAAAGCGAAACCACAUCGAAUCUGCUUCGUCAUUUGCAUCUGGCGGCGACUUCUAGCCCUCCAGCACCGAUGUGCCUGUUGCCAUGUGUUGGCAAGUUUUCACUGAAUCUAUUCCCAGAUGAACCAAGAAAUGUAAUGGAGGUCGGAGCCGCUGUCGGUGGAGGAGGGUACGCUGGAGAUGACCAGAAGCCGCGUUCUUGGGUCAACAGCAAUGAUAUCCUCCUCGCUCCAGCACCGUGUUAUUGCGUCGGAACAACGAAGAUCUCCCGGUUUCCCGUUUCACCGGCUCAUCUUGAUCAGGAAAGUAUCGUAGAAACGAAGAGCAUGGAUAUGCUGGAAAGCAAUUCGUUGCUUCUACGCAGUUUUGCUCAGAAAGCAGAUGCGUUACGACUGGCGUCUCUCUCGCCGUCUGCUUGUAGUACCAGGUCGUCGGAUCAUUCAAGUAGUUCUUGUUUUCAGGCACAGGCCGGCAACAAUCAUGCUGCCUGGUGCCUGUCGUGUGCAGUAACUACAACAACAUCCGGACCAAAAGAUGACUCCGCACCUCAAUCAUCUCCUGCAUCCAGCACGCCAGCUCGGCCCGACGAGGCAAACGCUUUUUUCGUUGGACGGGGGCCGUUUCUGGGGAAUCUCAAUUAGAUAGAAGAUGAGCCCCGGGAUGGUAGGGAGAACGAUAUCACGCAACCAAAGAAUUUCUGUUAUUCUCUUCUUGCUAAAUUUCUGAUACGCAAUAUACCAUAUCAUUUUUGUUUUCUAUUCUGGAGAGGAUAUUAUACGCUCCAGGUAGUUGUCAAUACAGGAGUAGCUAGAAGAACAAGCCAGCAGCUUCAGUGAAAGAAUGGCACUUCAAGGAGCGUACUCAUCUACAAAUGAACUACUCCCGAGAUGACGGCGUAUUUGCGAAGUAGAACACGAGUGGUCUACAGCAGCCAAAACUGGUCUGCCCUUUGUUAAUAUCACUGGUAGUUGUCAACAGCUAGAAAACCCGGUAAGGAAAUGUAUCAAGCGCGAUGGUG